CGCGCUUUCUUGACGCAACACACGGCGCAGGGGAAGAUGGCGGCGCUGGUGAAGCGCGUGGGGUGGGCCACCCGACCCUUGCUGCCGGUGGCCCAGACCUGGGACUUCGAUGCGCGGCGCUGGGUCCGAGCGCUGCGGCGGAGCCCCGUGAAAGUGUUGUUUCCAUCCGGACAGGUGGUGGAUCGGAAGCCCGGUGCUGGGAAGCAGCCCGGGAAGGCGGCGGCUGAGGCCAGUCCCCAUGGGCAGCGACCGAAGCAGGUGCCCCCAUCCCAGACGCCCAGCACCUGGGAAGAGUCAGGGCUUCGCUACGAUAAAGCUUUACCCGGGGACAAAAGGCUAAGCAAUGUAAUGACAAUAGUUAGGUCCAGGCCAUUUCGGGAAAAGCAAGGGAAGAUCCUGCUGGAAGGUCGCAGGCUGAUUGCAGAUGCUCUGAAAGCUGGUGCUGUGCCCAAAGUUUUCUUCUUUAGUCGUCUGGAAUACAUAAAGGAGCUGCCCCUUGAUAAGCUAAAAGGUGUCAGCCUCAUUAAGGUGAAAUUUGAGGAUAUCAAGGAUUGGUCCGACCUAGUAACACCGCAAGGAAUAAUGGGGAUUUUUGCCAAACCCGACCAUGUUAAGAUGGCAUACCCAGAGACUCAGCUUCACCAUUCACUGCCCUUAUUGUUGAUUUGUGACAAUCUCCGUGACCCUGGGAACCUGGGGACGAUUCUGAGAUCUGCUGCUGGGGCGGGCUGCAGCAAAGUAUUACUCACCAAAGGCUGUGUGGAUGCCUGGGAGCCCAAAGUGCUGCGGGCAGGUAUGGGUGCGCAUUUCCAGGUGCCCAUCAUCAACAAUCUGGACUGGGAAGCUGUGCCCAACUACUUGCCCCCCGACACCCGGGUCUACGUGGCGGACAACUGUGGCCUUUAUGCCCGGGCCCAGACGUCUGAUAAAGCCAGUGAUUAUGGCUGGGUAUGUGACCGACAGCUCUCCAAGCUUCACAAGUAUGAGGAAGAGGAGGAGGAGGAUCUAGAAACCGGAGCCAGUAAAGGCUGGCUCCCUGAACUUGAGGUCCAGAGUUAUGACUUGGACUGGACAGAGGCCCCCGCAGCUGUGGUCAUAGGUGGGGAGACCCACGGCGUGAGCCUGGAGUCCCUGCAGUUGGCCGAGAGCACCGGGGGCAAGAGGCUUCUGAUCCCUGUGGUGCCUGGUGUGGACAGCCUGAACUCGGCCAUGGCUGCCAGCAUCCUGCUGUUUGAAGGGAAAAGACAACUGCGGUUACGGGCGGAACAUUGGAGCAGAGACAGGAGUUAGCACUGAGAGGGGACACGGAGGUUAGCCUUUGGUUUGAGUUUGUCUCCAGCUCCUCCUGCACUUCUGGGAGGCUGGCAGAGUUGGUACCUGGCUUUCUAGGCCCAAUUCAGGAGGCAGCAGGUAGGCAUGCUGCUGUUGUAUGGUUCUUGGAAAAAGAAGAUUUCCCAUGUAUUUGUGCUUAUCCUCAAAAACAACAAAGGUCAGAAUUCUUCCUGAGAUCUCCCAUCUCGCCCGCCUUUUACAUAUCCAUAAGAACUCCAGGUGAUGGCAUUCAGUAGCUAGCUGUUGUUUUCGGCUUGGCUGUGUCAAUCUCUGCGAUUGUUCAGGCCUUGACUUAAACAGCCACUGUGUAUGUGUAACAUGAUUUUCCCCCACCACGUCUGGUGAAACAGCUUAAUUUCAUCAGGUGGUGGUACACCUUCUUAGCACCUCUGCGGAUACCUUUUUGAGGACUCUGUUCAGAAAAGGAGGGAACGGAUUUAAAAUCAUCAGCUUAAUUCUGCACCUGUCAGGAAAGCCAUAUGCUUUUUACCAACUUCCUGCUAUUAGUCCUACUUCAUGUACAACUUUUGGCUAAAUGUAAUGACUCAAUGACUCACUUACAUGAAUCCCCCUCCUGCGCAGAGGAACAGAACUGCUUAGGCAAAUGCCAACAUUCCUGGCUGCUGUGUGAACAGAAAGCUCCUUCCAGGGGAGAGAGGCCGAGGUUCUGAAGAUGAGAGCUUGGGCCUGCAACUCCAGUAAGACCCUGCAGUUCUUCUCUCAACCCUCCAGGGGACCAGGGCAAGCUGGGUCCUUACCUACCAGGUGCCAGCUGGGACGUAGCCAGGGACAUGAGGGCAAAUGCAGAUGGUAAGCACUGUGUUUUAAAUCACCAUGGGAAGGCGGUGUGAGGGCCUGGAGUGGGGGACCUAUUUCAAGCAGUGCUUUGGCAACCACAGAGAAUGUGGUUGGAGUUGAGGACGGUACGAGCAGUGGAGUUUCACCACAUCCCUUCCACACCGUGGCUCCUUUACUUACCGGGAUUCCUUGGGAGCCCUUCAGCUGCUCAUUCCAAGGAGGUUGAGUUGCCGGCCCGCCCAAGAGAAAUCAUGGCCCCCCCCCCCCCCAACUUCCUUCCCCAUCGGCUCCACCAGCUCCCUGGUAAAACUUCCUGUCAAGAGAACCAAAAGAUCAAGCAUGACUCGUGCCCCAAGUGGCAGGGUGGGAUUGCUUUGGCAUGUUUGAGGGGAGGGGUUUUUCAGGAACAGUCUGGUUGGCUAUGUUCUCCCAGGCUGACCAGCCAGAGCUGCUGCUCCGGUGCCCCACUGGUCUGGGCCUGCCCAGGGCCCCACACAGAUGUCUGAUGCAAGCAGCCCACAGAUUGUUCUUGAGACGGGCAGCUUUUAGAAAGUAGAUGAGGGGCGGCCGGUUGGCUCAGUUGAUUAGAGGUCAUAACACCAAGGUCACCGGUUCGAUUCCCACAUGGGCCAGUGAACUCUGCCCUCUACAACUAGAUUAAAACAAGGACUUUACUUGCAGCUGGUGGGUCCUGGAAAAACACACUGUUCCCCCAUACUCCCCAAUUGAAAAAAAAGAAAGUAGAUGAGCCCACAAAGGCUGGGGCCUAGCCUGUCAGCCUCACAGCCAUGAUGCUAAGUCUGGGAGGCAGCCCAGAGAACUGGACCCCUCGAGUCUGUCAACAUUUGGUCUCUCAACACCUUGGAAAAAUGCUAAAGAGUUAAAUCACUAGAAGGAAGCGCGUGCCUUUCCAGUAUGAAACCAGUCGCCUGCACUCUUUGUCCUUGGCUUACUGUUCCCGCUGAUUUUUAUUACAAAAUAAAAAUCAGUGAAAGAACAACAAACCUUACACCUUGUCCUUGUUCAGAAAAACAAAGCAAUGCAAAACAGUAUACCUGGCAAGUAAUUCUAAGCCUGUUUUAUCAUCCUGGGUGUAAGAAAAGAAAUUUAUAUCCCAUUCACGUUAUAGUCAGUGUUUAUGUGCCAUGCCCUGUGAGUUCAUUUUGUAGUUUUUUGUGGGGAUUUAACCGAGGGGCAGGCCAAUUUCCCUUUCAAAUGACUACAGGGGAAGCAAGUGGUCAAGUUCUUGUUUGCCAAGUGAUACUGGAAAAGCUCUAUCUUCAGUUCUCAAUUUUAAGGCCAACAUUUGUCCUAUCACCAUUUCCCCAGGAAAUAAGAAUAAGAACUGAGCAGCAUAUGACAAGCAAAACUGCUUGGCUGAAAGCCGCGGUCAGAAGGUUGGCCAAGCUGCCAGUUGCCUUUGUGCUGAGCGUGACUAUAAAGAUUUUUGCCACGAGGUGGCAGCCACGCCUCAAAACCACUCCCAGCCUUGAAUGGAGGGAUGGGGAUUUUUCCUGGAUUUAAAUGGAAAAGGGUGGAGUCAAAAGUCUCCCUUCACCACAGGCGUCUUGCAAGCCACUUACCCUCAGAGGUGCUGAAGUAGGAGGCCCAUUGGUUUGUCACUCAUUUAGCAGAAUCUUGAAGUAUAGGAGGACACUGGACCAAAAACGGGAGAAAAUGCACAGAAAUGGAAAGUGGCUACAGAAAAAACAAAACAACUUUUCCCUUUGAAGGAAGCCCUCUGGGAAAGCAGUUUUGGGUGGUACUGAUGUCCCCUGCCACGUGGGAACCCUUGACUUUGAGCUUCGGGGCAGGAAUAGCUGAAACCUCUUCCCCCAGUCACAGCUGCUAGCUCCUGGUUAGAAUCCGUUAUUGAGACCCAAAAGAUGAACAAACCUCAGGACUGGUUCCGCCUGGGACCACUUGCCCCAGGGUUGACAGCAACACCAAAUGUCACCACCAUCCAAGCUGAGCUGCUUUUAGCGCCACUUGUGUCAUUCUGCUACCCAAACCACAGAAACAGUAUUUCCCCCAGGUUUCCAUGGCUGGUGCUGAAAACCACUUGGGGCUCCCCUCCUGGCCAAGCUGCUUCUGCCCUCCUGCAGGAGCAGAUCUCACUGGCUUACCUUUAACUUUUUGUUUCAGGAAACAGUCAUGUAGACACCUUUAAACUCCGAGAUCUUAUUUGGUCACUUUUCAUCAAUACACAAAGGUCAUAAGCUAGAAGCCAAAAUAAUAAUGGCUGCGCCAGGAUGACUAUUCUGGAUGACUUGGUCUCUGAACCAGGUUCCCAUGUUACACUGGGGCAGCCGAGCGCGGCUGCAAACCGAGUCCUUGCUGGAAGCCUCAGGAAGAAGGAGCUGCUGCUGGAAGGCCAAGUGUGGCUGAAAAGUCUUGAGUACGUUGUGGACCGUAUUGGUUCUGUUAUUACAUUUGUUUCGCAGGGAAGAGCUACUUUUUUCAAUUGAAGCCUAAUAGGUGGGAAGGGCCAUCACCAAAGCUGCUUCCUCGAAAUGCAAGAAGGGAACAAAGGUUGGGGAGGCAACGCAGCUGCUGCGGGGUCUGGCCUCCCAGCCUCCCGUGCACCAAUUUGAUGGGAAGUGAGGGCGCAUGCUGACUGCAAGCCCGUCCUGUGGCUCGUGAUUGGUUGGGCAUUCCCAUAUCCUCUGAUGGCCAAAGGGGAUUCAUUUUUUGGCCCUGGUCCUAAGAUCCUGCCUCCUACUGUAUCCUAGUUCGGGCUUGGGUGGGUGGCUUAUUUGUGUGAGGCAGGAACGCCCACGAAUCCAGACUUGAGCUGUCUGUCUCCUUUGGGCUUCCCACUGGCCUGCAGGCCUGGGGACAGAGGCUUUCAUGCCUUGACAGAUUAUUUAAUGGAAAUCCAACUGACCCUCAGAACAAGUCCAACCCAAAUCUAACAACAUUUCCUGGCAUAGGAAGUAUUCCAAACAUUAAGCGGGUGAGACAUACUUAUGCCUUGAAAAUGAAGCGUAGUUCCUUCAUGCUUUCACAUAUAAGACAUGCUCAGAAUAUCCUAAUGUCAUAUUUCCCCCAGUAGAAGGGGAAACCCCAACCAUAAAGCAGACCCAGUAUACAAUUUUCCUACAUACAAGCCUUUUGUUUCCUGGAAAAUAUUUCACCCAUUGCACAUGCACCAUUAGCACCAAUAAUGAAGCUAAUAAACAACAGCAUUUAUCCCCCAAAGCAUUUUCCUAGGAGCUGCCUGCCCGGAAGAAAGCAGGGGGUGCGCUUGUCCCUGUUGGUAUUAGCUCAGAGGGAUGUGGGCUCAGUGCUCACGUGGACACAGCCACUUCGGGGUGAACUUGAAAGAUUCCCAAGCCCAGGCUUCCGGUUAGACCUGUUUGCACAGCAGCACCCAAAGGACAGCUGUGGAGGGCAUGGCUGAGCCUCCCCACAGCCUGUGCUGCGGUGGCAUUCCGGUCCUCCGGGGCGGGCUCUGGCCUGCCCAGGCCGGCCAGGGGAAAUGACACUGCAGAGAAGGUGUGCACGCCCAUGCCUGCGUGACGGGAGGGGCUGGGCCCCACACUCGCUCAGGUCCCUCCCAGCGCUACAAUUCCAGCGCACGGCAUUUCCACACGUGCAUGCACCGACACGUGGUUUUCUCCCUAAGGUGACAAUGUAACAGCUUAUUAGAUCCGGCAGAUCUGUUCCUGGACCAUAUCCUACUUUGUCUUGACAUCAUUGCAGAAUUCAGUUUGCUGCCCCAGAACCAGGCAGCAGGAGGAGAGAACAGCUUUUCAGUGUCUUUAAUUAGGCAACAGGAGAAAACAAAGUCUGGCUGAAAAUCACCACGCAAAGCUUGGCUGAUGCCAAAAAAGCAGUACUGGCUCCAUGUGCUCAGAUAAGGGAGAGCCAUUGAUUUCGAGGACACACUUGGGGGAGGGGAUGCAUAGCAGACGGCCACCUCACUCCUGGAAAGGAAGCUGGUUUUCAGUCGCCCUCUGUAACACCAAUCCCGAACAGGUAAAACAAUAAAAAAAAAAAUAAAAAAAAUAAAAAUAAAAAAGGAAAAGAAAAUCUCAUCACUUGUGAAAAUGGCUAGAGUCAGAUCUGGAAAUCAUUGUGGUGAACACAAACCUGGAACCCCAGGGUGGCAUUUUUACAGCCACCACCCUGCCUCCACCUGCAGGGCAUGGUUUCCUUAGCUGCUGUCGGAAGCCCUUGAAUAUACCACAGCUGGUGUUUUAACCUGCUUUCAAUUAGCGACAAGCAUUUUAAGGUAUUUUGGAGCUGCUUAAUGGAAAUUAAGAAGCCACCCACUUCGUCUGCAUCAAUUACCUUUCAGAUCGUUUGUACCGUGGAGACAAGGCGAUUUCACAGGCACUGGUGAAGUGAUCCUCCCCAGCAUUUCCUCCUAAAGUCGCCACUAUAUAAACCUUUUCCAGUAAACCUUCCCACUGAGCUUAACUAAUCUACACACCCACUCCCAGGGGAAUUCUGGUGUCAAGGAUCCAGCUGGCAUUCAUGGAAGGUAGUUCAGUCAGCCAAAUGACCUAGUUUUUCUGCUGCCAUGACACAUGACUUACAGGGUCUCCUCACUGGACUAUGUUCCUUCUGCCCAGGAGAUCAGUAGCUACCAAGAGAGACCACCUUUCUGUUUCCUCCAAGGGCACCACGAUAAAGGGCACAGACAGAAACCCUGCCCAUCUUCCGAGCAAGGUCAGCCUCACUUCGUCCCCAUAUCCAACCCACCCUGCAAGGGAGACACUGGCAGGGUGACAGUGCAGGGUUUCAGGGUCUCCAACUAUAUUCCCAGUCUUCACUGGGAGACCCAUUGGGGUUCCUCGUGUUUCCUCCCUGGCCUUCUCAGGCUUCAGAGUACAUGCUCCCCUGUAGGGAGGGAACGAAGGAGCCCUGAGGGUCCACAAGGAUGUCUGUCAUCUGAGAAUCCACCUCCGCAAGGGCAAGUUCAGUCAGGAGAGAUGGCGGCCAGAGCUCUGGUGUUCUAAUCCAGAUGAACUUUCUGGCUUCUGGAGGCUGUGACAGGUGACCAGGUUAGGUCUCAGGAUUCUCGAAAAUUCUGACACAUAGCUACCAGGUAGCCAACGAAAGUCCAAAGGAUCUCGUGAGUCGCUCCUCCCUUCACUGCCCACCUCCUAAGAGAGCACACCACCACAAGCAAAAAGAUUUUUGUUAUUAGGACAGAAAAGGCCAACUGAUGGGUAACAUCCAGAGAUGCCUGCUUUUAUUUCUUACUAGGUGAUUGCAUUUCAGGCUGGUGACAUCAAGUAACAGUCUAAUUACCAACUAAUUUUUUACCUCCGAAACUACAAAUCAACAAUCCAAUUCGGCAAGGAGCAAUGGUGUUACAGCUAAUUGGGGGGCUGGGUUUUCCAAAUAAAUGGGCUUGUUUGGCAGAGUGCUGUG